GAUUUUUGUGCGGUGGUGUCUUGUCUGGUUUUCUUUUUUUUAUGCCUCGAUUUCCUUUCGUCUACGUCUUCAUUUCCUUUUCUUCCUUGGCUCGCGCUUCCUCGUCUCUUCUUUUUUUUCCCCCUUCUUUUCUUAUCUCCCCAUCUGCCAGGCCCGAACAGAGCAGCAGACUGUUCGUGGUAAUCCAGCAUACCCGGCACCUUUGGCCACAUCCUGCUACUACCACAACAAAGUUCCUGAAGGUCAAAUUGUUUCACGGGACCUGAAUCUGGGGCAUGAGAACUCCGAGUCUAUAAAGCAGGCAUGGUCAAGUGAGAAGCAUUUGGAUUUAGUUUUGGUGAUCACAAAUUAGUGUGAAAAUGAUACCAAGUUCAUGCAAAUCUGAAGGUGCAUCAGGGAUGCUAACUGACACUGAACCGACUGAAAAGUGGAUGGCAUUUCCAACCGUGGGUUCUAAAAUGCCUCCAGCCUCCACUGAAAUACUAGAGGAGACAAGUAAGAUUAAGAGCACACAGUUGCUGAACCAGAAGCUAGGAGAGCAGGGAAUUAUAGAUAACUUGGAUGGUGGGAAGUCUAAUAAGAAAAGUGAGAGUCAAAGAUCUUCUUGGGAUCGAAAUAAAAUAUCGACAGAAAUAGUUUCAGACUCAGCAAGGACUUCGAUUGAGUCAAGUUAUUCUCUGGAAUCAGCAAUCCCUCGGGUUUCUCAAGAACUGAAGGAUGCACUCUCUACUCUUCAGCAGACUUUUGUUGUCUCAGAUGCAACAAGGCCUGAUUGCCCUAUAGUGUAUGCUAGUACUGGUUUUUUCAGCAUGACAGGAUAUUCGGCAAAGGAAAUUAUUGGAAGAAACUGUCGUUUUCUUCAAGGCCCAGAUACUGAUAAACUGGAAAUUGCAAAGAUAAGAGAAGCUGUCAGGACUGGAAAAUCUUACUGUGGAAGGCUCUUAAACUACAAGAAGGAUGGUACGAAAUUUUGGAACCUUCUAACCAUAACACCCAUAAGGGAUGUGAAUGGGAAUAUUGUCAAAUACAUAGGGAUGCAGGUUGAGGUCAGCAAAUAUACAGAAGGUCUAAAUGACAAAACCAUGCGCCCAAAUGCCUUGCCAAUGUCUUUGAUUCGUUAUGAUGCACGACAAAAGGAGAAGGCCUUGUCUUCUAUUGAGGAGGUUGUCCAGACUGUGAAGCAUCCUCGCUCUCACUCACAAGCUGUAGAUCAUGAUAUUGCUAUCAAGUUUGACGCCCAUGAGACAAUCCAAAUUGACUCUUCCCUUCAAGAUUCUUCAGAGAUUAAACAUUUUAAGUCACCAGGUAGAAUGACUAUUUCAUUAGAUGCUAAACGCGAGUCAUCAAGAAUGAGCAGUUGGAAACCUGGUCGUUCUUCCUCAACUGGAUUUAUGGCAAGGAAACAGAGUUCCAUAGAAAGAUAUGAACCUGAUAUUGAGCCAGAGAUUCUAAUGACCAAAGAUGUCCAACGCACUGAAAGUUGGGACCAUGUGGAGAGAGAAACAGAUAUACGACAAGGAAUUGAUUUAGCUACAACAUUGGAGCGUAUAGAAAAGAAUUUUGUGAUAACAGAUCCCAGACUUCCAGAUAAUCCAAUAAUAUUUGCAUCUGACAGUUUCCUUGAAUUGACAGAGUAUACACGGGAAGAAAUUUUAGGAAGAAAUUGUCGAUUCCUUCAAGGACCUGAUACAGAUCAAGGAACUGUUGCAAAGAUAAGGGAGGCUAUAAGAGAGCAAAGGGAAGUCACAGUCCAAUUAAUUAAUUAUACAAAGAGUGGAAAGAAGUUUUGGAACUUAUUCCACUUGCAACCAAUGCGUGAUCAAAAGGGUGAGCUUCAAUACUUCAUUGGAGUGCAACUUGAUGGCAGUGAUCAUGUUGAACCCCUUAGAAACCGCCUCUCAGAGAAGACAGAGUUACAUAGUGCUAAAGUGGUUAAAGCUACAGCUGAGAAUGUAGAUGAAGCUGUCAGAGAGCUUCCUGAUCCCAACUUGAGACCAGAGUACUUGUGGGCAAUCCAUUCAAAACCUGUCUUUCCAAAGCCUCACAAAAAGAACAAUUCUUCUUGGGUAGCAAUUAAUAAGAUUGCUGGAAAAGGUGAAGAAAUUGGCUUGAAGAAUUUUAGGCCUCUAAGACCGUUAGGAUGUGGGGACACUGGAAGUGUACAUUUGGUGGAACUGCAGGGUACCGGUGAAUUAUUUGCCAUGAAGGCUAUGGACAAAUCAGUAAUGUUGAAUCGCAACAAGGUUCAUCGAGCAUGCGUAGAGAGGGAGAUCUAUUCACUAUUGGACCAUCCAUUUCUUCCAACACUUUACACUUCCUUUCAGACCACAACACACGUCUGCCUAAUUACAGACUUUUGUCCUGGAGGAGAACUAUUUGCAUUGAUUGACAAGCAACCUAUGAAGAUUUUCAAAGAGGAAGCUGCGAGGUUCUAUGCAGCUGAAGUUGUGGUUGGUCUAGAAUAUCUUCACUGCCAAGGUAUUAUAUAUCGUGAUCUAAAGCCUGAAAACAUCCUACUCCAGAAGGAUGGGCAUGUCGUGUUGACAGACUUUGAUUUAUCAUUCUUGACAAACUGUAAACCACAAGUGGUAAAACAAUCAUUACCCUCAAAAAGAAGAAAAUCGAGAGAUCAUCUUCGUCCAACCUUUGUAGCAGAACCUAGUACUCAAUCAAAUUCAUUUGUUGGAACAGAAGAGUAUAUAGCUCCAGAGAUUAUUACAGGAGCAGGGCAUAGCAGUGCCAUUGAUUGGUGGGCUCUUGGAAUCUUGUUAUAUGAGAUGCUGUAUGGCCGUACACCUUUCAGGGGGAAAAAUCGGCAGAAGACCUUUGCAAAUAUUCUGCAUAAGGACCUCACAUUUCCUAGUAGCAUUCCAGUUAGUCUUGCAGCCAGGCAGUUAAUCCAUGGAUUACUCAACAGAGACCCUGCUAAUCGUUUGGGAUCAAAAACUGGAGCCAAUGAGAUCAAACAACACCCCUUCUUCCGGGAGAUUAAUUGGCCACUUAUCCGCUGCAUGACUCCACCAGAGCUGGAUGUUCCACUUCAAUUGAUCGGAAGGGAACCUGAUCCCGUGGUGAAUGAUGUACAAUGGGACGACGAACAGACAAUCAUACAAGGUCUAGAAAAUUUAUGAAAUUAACAGGGCUGAGAAGAUGAGGAGCUAAUGAGAUCCGAAACAGCGCAAAGCUCUCUUAUCUCACAAAUGAUCAAAGUUUGCUACUUCAUGGAUAAUUUUGAUGAAAAUAUAGAGGUCAUCAUGUACAGGAGAAAAAAGUGAUGAUUCUAUCAUGAUCAUCUCUGUAUGAGUAUUGUGAAUAAGUGAUAGAUUCAGGACAGACCAUUAGUAGAUGUAAUUGCUCCCAUCUGGGAUCAUAAAACAGCAUAAACAUAUGAGUUAAUAAGCCCAUUUAUGGGGAUGAUGAUAAUAAUUUCAUGCUCCUCCUAUCUAACUAAAUAGGAAGUUUGGUUCUUGUUAUCUUUGUAAGCAUAUAAUUAUGUUAUAUACCAGGCUUUUA